AUGCCGUCGGCCAUGUCAAAUACUUUGGCAGGUCGCGCUCCGGCCGUUCUCCGACAUGGUCGACGAGUCCCUACAGCUCUGGCCGGCCGCAACUUCACCCUCGCCGCCGCCAACCUCACUGCCAGAGCUCAAAUUCAGAACAGCAGCGCGAAGCUGCUUCAGAAGCGCCUCUUCACCUCGAGUGCGCUUCGUCCCAGCAGCGCUCAGUCUGCGCCGAACCCCAAGGCUUAUCUCGAGAGCGGCGUGAUCAAGCCUCAUGUUGGCGUUGAUGUUAAGAAGGUGCUGGUUAUUGGCAGUGGUGGUCUUGCCAUUGGCCAGGCCGGCGAGUUCGACUACUCAGGAGCGCAAGCCUUGAAGGCUCUUAAGGAGGCUGGCGUGAAGUCAGUUCUCAUUAACCCCAACAUCGCUACCAUUCAGACCAACCACUCUCUCGCCGACGAGGUCUACUACCUCCCCGUUACGCCGGAAUACGUGUCGUACGUUAUCGAGAAGGAGAAGCCCGAUGGAAUCUUCCUCUCCUUCGGUGGUCAGACCGCCCUGAACCUUGGUGUGCAGAUGCAGCGCCAGGGUCUCUUCGAGAAGUACGGCGUCAGGGUUCUUGGUACUAGCAUUAGGACUCUUGAGGUCUCUGAGGACCGUGACUUGUUCGCCCGCGCCCUGGACGAGAUCAACAUCCCCAUCGCCAAGUCGAUCGCCGUGGGAACUGUCGAGGAGGCUCUUGAGGCCGCCGACAAGGUCGGAUACCCUAUUAUCGUCCGCGCCGCCUACGCUCUUGGUGGUCUUGGCUCUGGCUUCGCAAACAACGAGGAGGAGCUCCGCAACAUGGCCGCCAGGUCUCUCACUCUGUCUCCCCAGAUUCUGGUUGAGAAGUCUCUCAAGGGCUGGAAGGAGCUCGAGUACGAGGUCGUCCGUGACGCGAACAACAACUGCAUUACUGUUUGCAACAUGGAGAACUUCGAUCCCUUGGGUAUCCACACCGGAGACAGUAUUGUUGUUGCGCCCAGUCAGACCCUGAGCGAUGAAGAGUACCACAUGCUCCGAUCCGCCGCUAUCAAGAUUGUCCGCCAUCUUGGUGUCGUGGGAGAGUGCAACGUUCAGUAUGCUCUCCAGCCCGACGGCCUCGACUACCGUGUUAUUGAGGUCAACGCUCGUCUUUCUCGUUCUUCUGCUCUUGCCUCCAAGGCUACUGGAUACCCUCUUGCUUACACCGCUGCCAAGAUCGGUCUUGGACAUACGCUCCCUGAGCUCCCCAACGCUGUCACCAAGACCACGACUGCCAACUUCGAGCCCUCGCUCGACUACAUCGUCACCAAGAUUCCCCGCUGGGAUUUGUCCAAGUUCCAGCACGUUAAGCGUGACAUUGGCAGUGCCAUGAAGUCUGUCGGUGAGGUUAUGGCCAUUGGACGUACCUUUGAGGAGUCUUUCCAGAAGGCUAUUCGCCAGGUCGACCCCAAGUUCGUUGGCUUCCAGGGCGACAAGUUCGAGGACCUCGACUACGAGCUUCAGAACCCCACUGACCGCCGCUGGCUCGCUGUCGGCCAGGCCAUGCUUCACGAGAACUAUUCCGUCGAGAAGGUCCACGAAUUGACCAAGAUCGACAAGUGGUUCUUGUACAAGUUGCAGAACCUGGUCGACUGCACCCGCGAGCUUGAGCAGGCCGGUGGCCUCCAGGCUCUGAAGAAGGACCAGGUCCUGAAGGCCAAGAAGCUUGGUUUCUCUGACCGCCAGAUCGCCAAUGCUGUUGGCAGCACCGAGGACGAGGUUCGCGCAGCGCGUCUUGCCUUCGGCAUCCGCCCAUGGGUCAAGAAGAUCGAUACCCUCGCGGCCGAGUUCCCCGCUGACACUAACUACCUGUACACCACUUACAACGCCUCCUCCCACGACGUCACCUUCGAGGACAACGGCAUUAUGAUCUUGGGCAGCGGUGUCUACCGCAUUGGUAGCUCCGUCGAGUUCGAUUGGUGCGCCACCGGUACUACCCAGGCCCUCCGCAAGAUGGGCAAGAAGACCGUUGUUAUCAACCUAACACCCACGUUGACUAACCCUGAAACGAUGUCGACUGAUUACGACAUGGCCGACAAGCUCUACUUUGACGAGUUGAGCUACGAGCGUGUCAUGGAUAUCUACGAGCUCGAGAGCGCCUCUGGUGUUGUGGUCUCAGUUGGUGGACAGCUGCCCCAAAUGAUUGCUCUUCGCCUGCAGGAGACCGGUGGAGCCAAGGUUCUGGGUACCGACCCCAAGGACAUUGACAAGGCCGAGGACAGACAGAAGUUCUCCGAGAUUCUCGACAGCAUCGGCGUCGACCAGCCCGCCUGGAAGGAGCUUACCUCUGUCGAGGAGGCUGAGGCCUUUGCCGACAAGGUCGGCUACCCCGUUCUCGUCCGCCCCAGUUACGUCCUGUCUGGUGCCGCCAUGACUGUCAUCCGCAGCCAGGAGGACCUGAAGGAGAAGCUUGAGCUCGCCUCCAACGUCUCCCCUGACCACCCCGUCGUCAUCACCAAGUUCAUCGAGGGUGCUCAGGAGAUCGAUGUCGACGCUGUCGCCUCCGAGGGCAAACUCGUCAUCCACGCCGUCAGUGAGCACGUCGAGCAGGCUGGUGUCCACUCCGGUGACGCCACCCUCGUCCUGCCCCCUGCCAACCUGGACCAGACCACCAUGGACCGCUGCAAGGAGAUCGCCAAGAAGGUCGCUAAGGCCUGGAGCAUCACUGGUCCCUUCAACAUGCAGAUCAUCAAGGCCGACAACCCUGAGGGCGGCGAGCCUGCCCUGAAGGUCAUCGAGUGCAACCUCCGUGCUUCUCGUUCCUUCCCCUUCGUCAGCAAGGUCCUCGGCACCAACUUCAUCGACAUCGCCACCAAGGCCCUCGUCGGCGAGAGCGUCCCUGCACCCACCGACCCCAUGGCCGUCAAGCGCGACUACCUCGCCACCAAGGUGCCCCAGUUCUCCUGGACCCGUCUGGCCGGUGCCGACCCCUUCCUCGGAGUCGAGAUGGCCUCCACCGGUGAGAUUGCUUGCUUCGGCAAGGACCUUGUCGAGGCCUACUGGACCUCCCUGCAGUCCACCAUGAACUUCCGCAUGCCCGAGCCCGGCGAAGGUCUGCUCUUCGGCGGUGAGCUCAACAAGAACUGGCUCACCACCGUCGUCGACUACCUCCAGCCCCUCGGCUACAAGCUGUACGCCGCCGACAACGAGGUCAAGGAGUUCAUCGAGAAGAACGCCAAGGGCAACGUCGCCGUCGAGGUCAUCGAGUUCCCCAAGGAGGACAAGCGCGCCCUGCGUGAGGUCUUCCAGAAGUACGACAUCCGCGGUGUCUUCAACCUGGCCCAGGCCCGUGGCAAGACCAUCAUGGACGUCGACUACGUCAUGCGCCGCAACGCCGUCGACUUUGGCGUUCCCCUGUUCAUGGAGCCCCAGACCGCCAUGCUCUUCGCUCAGUGCAUGAGCGAGAAGCUGCCCCGCAAGGAGGGCAUCCCUUCCGAAGUCCGCCGCUGGUCCGACUUCAUCGGCGGCAAGCCGUUGUAA